AUGGAAAAAAAGCGACAGGAAGAUGUACCUAAAGAACCAAUUCCUGAAGUUGCAACAAGUUAUACACAAAGCGGAAAUCCUACAGCAACCAUAACGGAAACAAGCACUAUAACAACAGCCAUUACAACAACUAUUGUAAAUGAUGCGGUAAUGAAUGCUUCUGAUACUUCUAAUACUUCUUUGGCGGGCUCAAAUAAUAUUUUAUUGGCUGCUUUAUUAGGUACUAUUGGACUAAUAAUUAUCUUAAGUGGGUUAUUAAUUAUCAUAAUUUGGCUAAGAAGAGGAGAGAAAACUAAAGGAGGAAUUGAAAACAGAGGGUUAACUCAACUAAACGAUGACGGAAACACUAGCGUUUCAAUGAAUGACAUGAAUAGGCCAAGAGAUCCAGAUGAUGAACAAUUACCCAGUUAUGCUGAAGCUGUAGUUAGAGGCAGAAGUAGUGCUAUAAUAACUUGA